CUUUGCAUCAGAUAAUAAGAUGAAAGAAUCACCAACAGAUGGUGAAUGUGACAAGGCAGUGGCACUACAACUGAAGAGGCUAGAUGAAAUUAAGGCAGAACCCGACAAUACUCAGGAGUAUUGUCAAGCCCAACAGCCCAAAACUCAGGAGAAUGACCUGAAAAUAAACAUUACAUUUUCAGACAGUGCUUCUCAGGUGACUACAGGCAUUCCACUUUCUCUAGCGUCACCUGGCAUGAAUAAGAUGCUUCCUUCACUUUCAACCACAGCUAUUUAGGUUUCCUGUUCUGGCUGUAAAAAAAUUCUUCAAAAGGGGCAAACUGCUUAUCAGAGGAAAGGGUCUACUCAGCUUUUCUGCUCCACACCGUGCAUCACUGAAUACAUUUCAUCUCUCAAUGCAUCAGCUUUUCCAAAGAGAACUUGUUCAAACUGCUCAAAAGACAUUUUAAAUGUAAAGGAUGUGAUCAGUAUCCAGCUGGAAGAUACUACCACUAGCAAAACUUUCUGCAGCCAAUCUUGUCUUUCAUUAUAUGAAGAAAAAAGAAAACCAUGUGUUACAUGUACUAAUAACAUUUCAACCAAGUGCAGCAUGUGUCAGAAGACUACUGUUAUUCAGUAUGAAGUAAAAUACCAGAACGUGAAACAUAGUCUUUGCAGUAAUGCCUGUUUUUCAAAAUUUCACUCUGCUAACAACUUCAUCAUGAACUGUUGUGAGAACUGUGGAGCUUACUGUUCCACUAGCUCUAGUCUGUUCCAUAUACUUCAAAUGGAAGGACAGUCUCAUUACUUUAAUAUUUCAAAGAGUAUUACAGCAUAUAAGCAGAAACUAGCCAAAACACUUACAUCUGUUAUUUGCAAAUCAUUGAAGCCCUCAGAUGAAAUGAUUGAGACUACCAAUGACUUGGGGAAGACAGAGCUUUUCUGCUCUAUUAAUUGUUUCUCUGCUUACAGUAAAGCUAAGAUGGACUCUUCUACAAAAGAUACAACUCCAGUUAUAAGCAACAUAGUGUCAUUGGCAGAUACUCAUGAUGCCCUGCCCACCAUGAACUCUGAUGUAUUACAAGGUACAGUUUCUUCAGUAACAGCUAAUGUCGUUGAGGAUAUUUCACCCAGUGAAUCAAGUAAUAGUGUUGCUAAUAGUAAUGUGGAACAGCCAAGCCUUUCACCAUCUUCAUCAGUACUCGGUCAACAUACAGUUGGCUCCAGUACAGAAGUUCAAAAAGAUCACGUGUCAAACCAAGAUGCUACAAACAGUAUGAAAUCCAUGAAAAAAAGUGAUGGACUGUGUCACCCAAAAUUUACAUCUAAAGUACAAAAAGUUAAGGGUAAAUCACGGAAUAUUAAAAAAUCUUGGUGUUCAAAUUUUCAGCAAUUAGAAAACAGUAUUAAAAAGGAUAUGGUAUUCUGUUAUUCAUGCCAGUUUUUCUGCCAAAAAAAAUUUAGCUGUGGAGGAGAGUCAUUUGCAGCCUAAGGAAUUUCCAAUUGGAAAAAAACUCUGGAAAAAUUCAGAAAGCAUGAAAAAAGUGAAAUGCAUUUGAAGUCAUUGCAAUUUUGGAGGGAAUACCAGUUUUGUGGUGAAGCCAUUAAUGACAGUUUAUCUAAUCAUUCAAAACAGAUUGAGGGAAAUAAAAAGUACCUAAAGCUUAUAAUUGAAAAUAUUUUAUUUCUUGGAAAGCAAUGUUUACUCUUAGGAGGAAAUGACCAGUCUGUUUCAUCUGUGAAUAAAGCCAAUUUUUUAGAAUUGUUAGAAAUCCGAGCAAAAGAUAAAGGAGAAGAAAUAUUUCAACUUAUGAAUUCACAAGUUGACUUCUAUAAUAGUACACAAAUUCAAAAUGAUAUUAUUGAAAUAAUGACUGAGAUGUUGCAAGAUAUUGUAAAUGAGAUCAGUGUUUCCUCAGCUUUUUCAAUAAUAUGUGAUGAGACAACUGAUAGUGCCACUAAAGGACAAUUCUCAAUUUGUGUAAGAUACCCACAGAAAACAUCAAAGGCUAUAUUAAUUAAAGAAAGAUUUUUGGGUUUCAUAGAUGCUGAAGAGAUCACUGGGACCAACUUACACAAGAGUAUCAAAACUUACCUGCAGCAAAUUGGAGUUGAUUUGAAUAAAAUAUGAGGCCAGGCUUAUGAUAGCACCAGUAAUUGGAGGGAAAAAUUUAAUAAAAUUGCAGUAGAAUUCAAGAAGGAAGAACCAAGAGCUUUAUACCUGCCUUGUUACACACAUUUUUUGGAUUCAGCAGUGAUUAGGUUUUGUAAAGAAGUAAAGGAGCUCUGAAGUGCUCUAAAUACUCUGAGUUCUUUGUUCAACACUAUUCUUGGGGAGCUGUCUGUAAAUUUCAACAUUUAUAAGCUAAGUCAAAACAAAACAUGCAAGAAACAUACAUCACAAUCAUGUUGGACAGUCCAUCAUACGUUACUGUCUGUAACUGAGAACCUUCCAGAUGUUAUUGAAACACUGGAAGUUCUAUCAAGCCAUUCUUCAAACACAGGUUUAGCUGAUGAAUUGAGUGAUUUGUUGGCAUUGGUUUCCAAAUUUGAAUUUAUCUUUUGUUUGAAAUUUCUUUAUCGAGUACUAAGCACUACAGGAAUUCUUUCCAAAGAGCUUCAAAGUGAAACCAUAGACAUUUUUUCUUUAUCUUCAAAAAUAGAAGCAAUUUUGGAAUGUUUAUCAUCUGAAAGAAAUGAUAUUUAUUUCAAAACUAUCUGGGAUGGAGCAGAGGAAAUAUGUCAAAACAUAACCUGUAAAGGUUUUGAAGUUGUAAGACCUUCAUUUCAGAAAAGAAGAAAAAUUCAGAAAACAAUAGACCCUAGCAGUUCAGACAGUAUAUUUUUUCCCACCUCAACAGAAGAACAAUAUAAAAUUAAUAUUUAUUACCAAGGCUUGGAUACUAUAUUACAAAAUUUAAAAUUGUGUUUUUCAGAGUUUGAUUAUUGUAAAAUGAAGCAAAUUUCAGAACUGUUACUUAAAUGGAAUGAACCGUUAAAUGAAGCAACAGCCAAAGAUGUCCAAGAAUUUUAUAAACUUGAUGCAGACAUCAUUCCAGAACUUAGAUUUUAUCAGCAAUAUGCAAAGCUUAACUUUGUCCUAGAUUAUGAUUGUAUCAACUUUAGCAAUCUUGACCACUUGUUUAUUCAGCAUGGUCUUCACAAUAAUAUUCCUUGCAUAUCAAAGCUGUUAUAUAUUGCUUUGUCUUGGCCAGUUACUUCAAGUGUGGAAAACUUGUUUUCUACACUGUCUCGUCUUAAAACAUAUUUAUGUCAUACCAGGGGACAAGAAAAGCUUAGUGGCUUAGCCCUAAUGGCUGUUGAGCAGGAAUUGGUAGAUAAAUUGAUGGAACCUGAAGGACUCAGUGGAAUUGUGGAAAAGUUUAUCUUUCAGGUGAAAGAAAUAUAA